UAUUUUGUUUUUAUUAAUAGAAAAAUAAUAAAAAAACAUGAAAACGUGCAAUGGCAGAGGAAACAUUCAAUGAUGAAACAUCACCGCUAGAAUGGAGUAAUUAUCUGCCAGAUGCGCAUCAUAAUUUAUGUGUAAAAACAAAUAGGACUGUAUCCUUUAAAGAACAAAUACCACCCAAAGCAACUGAACAUGACUUAACAAUGGAAUUCCUAACAAAAGAACAAAAGAAGAACAAGAUUCGAAACAUUGCUAUUAACGAUUUCGAAAAAGUUGACAAAUAUGUUGUGUAUAAAAUUGAAGUCCACAUUCAAGAAUGUAGCUGGGUGGUUUCUCGACGAUAUCGAGAAUUUCAUAGACUCCAUGAAGAGCUUGUUCAACUUUGCGGCCUAGCAUGGGAGCUACUACCACCAAAGAAAAUCGUUGGUAACUUAAAUCCAUCCCAUAUUGAGAAACGGAAAAAGUUGUUGGAAAAAUAUUUGAAAACAGUGUUGCAUACUUUGGUUGAUAUUCCAAUACCACUGGUUGAAUUCUUAGAAAUAGAUCAAUUUGAUGUUAACACCGUAUGCAACCAGUUGGCUGGCGACCUCUUUGAAAUUGGUGAUGAGUUGCUGGCUAAGAAAUUGACGUUCAAAAUUACUCCACUACAAAUACAUUGUAUCAACCGGAGACUACUGCUGCCAUUACCAACAUGUGAGGGAAGUAAUCCAAAAGCUGACAUUGGCCAUCUUUAUUCUUUCAUACAACAAGUACCAAAAAUUCUUGUUUAUCCAGGCGAUGAAAAUCAUAUGUUUAUUGGACAGAACAAUCUAAAUUAUGAUUUAUCCAUCUUUAAAUCACUGCAAUACCUGGAGGUACAGAAAUGUGAUAUUGAGUUGAUGGAGGGAAUCGAAUCCAUUCAGAAGAACAUGAUCGAACUUCGCGCCCACAAAUGCUUGCAGCUUUUAAAAGACUUUUUGAUUGGUAGUGACAGUUGGACACAAGGUGUGUUGAUGACAGUGAGUUCUGGUAAAGAAGCACACAGUGAUGUAGUCAGUCAAUUCCAAACAUGGGAUAAGAUACAAAAAGCUUCAUUCAGUCACAACGAUAUUCAUUCUGUUGAUUAUUCCAUUACUCUUCUUACGAACAUCACAACACUUGACCUUAGUCAUAAUCUGUUGACAGAAGUACAAUACUUAGAGGAGCUGAUCUUUUUAACAGAUUUAAACCUUUCGUACAACGAGAUUAGACAUCUGGCAGAGUUUCCCUAUCGUGUUCCAAGUGUUAGCAAGUUGAACUUAGCUGGAAAUGGAAUACAGAACAUAGCUGGUUUAGAGAAGAUGUACGCACUUGAACAUUUAGAUUUAUCGAAUAAUUCCUUGUAUGAGGUCCCGGAUGUGUUGAUCCUGGGUAAUCUACCAUUACUGACAGCACUGCAUGUAAAGGGAAAUCCCCUAACAGACGUUCAUAAUCAUAGGGUGCGAAUUUUUGCUCAAUUUGGUGGUAGAGCCAAGGAAGUGACUUUGGACGGGUAUGCAGCAAACAAACGAGAAACGAGCAAGAUCACAGACAUGUUAACUUCGCAAGACAACUUCGAUGUAAUUAGCGAUGACCUCGUUGCUCCAUCUUCUCCAGUGAUCAACGAGCCAGCAAGUCCUUACAAGUUUUCCUCUCCUGUGGUUAAUGAUACAUCGAGUUCACAAAAGCUGUCGUCGUCCGUAACGUCAGCCACACGUUCGCCAAGAACGAAGAAGAAGGACCGAAUAGUUCAAAUAAAACCUCCAUCUGUUUCUGCUGCAAACACGGAAAGUUUAAGCAAACUGGAACACGAAGAGGAAAACUUUCGCGAACAAAUCGAAAAGCUCAGAGAUCAUGCUGGUGAUUCGUGGUUGACGUUUUAUAAUGAAAUGGUUGAUGAAAAAACUGGUAAUGCGGAUUCUAGUGACAAGCUGGAAGACGAACAAUGUAAAACACCAGAGGUGGAGAGUGUAACAAAUUGUAAGGAGUUAGAAGAAAGUAAACCCAAAAAAUGCAGCGAUCAACUAGAUAAGAAUGUUUUAGAAGAAACUGAUGCUCCCAGCACAGAAAAACCUCCGUACAUACGUUUUCUCUCAAUUGACGAGAUCGAUUUGGAGUUAUCGGACGAACUGAGAGCUGGUGUAAAAACAGUGAUUCGAGAUGGGAGCGAUUUAAACAACGAAACUUUUUUGAUUCAAGAAAAAAACAACGAGGGAGAAGUGCAGGAACGUAUGGUAGCAGUUGAUGUGGAGAAAAAAGCACUGAUGGAGAUCGAUUUCAACACAGGAGCAACACUUUCAAAUUACCAACUAGAGUCAAUUCGUGGCCUUACAGUCGAUGAAGAGCAACAAAAUUAUAUUUUGCAAUUUGAAGCAAAGCGUUUGACCACGUCCACAGAGAACGAAAGCUAUGUGUUGGUGAAGCUACGUACAAACUCUGUGAAAGAUGCAGCAGGGUUGUAUGUACUGUUGAAAAGUUAUAACGGGAAAAAACAAACGCGGAGCCGUUCGCACAUCUUCACAAGCAUGUCUGGGUUAAUCGAGAAUCCUUUUAACACACCUAACGAAAUCUUAAUCGCUUUCUUUCAAGACUUUAUCCGCAAAACCGCGUUGUUAAAAAGAAAUAGCCAAUCUAGAGAUGCUCAACGAGACACGACCAGUAACUAUGAGAACAUUGAUGUGGGUGUAUCUUUGUUAAAACAUGUUGUUGCUGAUUCAUCGAGUCAAGAUGUGGUCUCGAUGUUGUGGGUGGGUUGUUUACCGUAUCUGUUUCCCGAUGAGGAGAUUCCUGUAUGUGUUGUCAUGACGACGUUGAAUGUUUUUCUUUUUCGUGUGUUUUUUCCUGAGAAAGGAAAGGGUUUGGAAACCAUGGAGGAACUUCAAGAGGCAAUGCAUUGUUUUUACAGCUUUCCAUUAAAGCAAAUACGAGAGAUUGUUGUGGGUUUGUUUGACCAAGGAUUACGAGUAGAAGUUGCUGAGGAGGGACCACGCGGUACGUUUGUGUUUUUAACUCGCGAUGCGAGUAAAACUGCGCAGUUUCUCGACGCUCUAUCGUCAGUGCUGGGGUUUAGAAAUGAGAAAGACCUUGUACAAACCAAGACAAGACUGAGUAAUUCCGACGAACUUCCUUGUGUUGAUUUACCAACUGUUGUGUAUCCCGACGAGAAUAAAAUCAAUGCUCUAAAGAUUCAAUUACAAGAACAAGAGUUAUCGCCUUUAGACAAUCGCGAGAAUUUAAUCUCCUACGGUAUCGUGUACGAAUAUCGCGACGAUGUCAAUUAUGAAUGCUAUGACGAAUCUUCGAUGCCGUUCUUACGCAGUUUAAUUCUCACCAACGUACGACUUAUUCUAUGCGAAGAGGACUAUGUGCACUGGCCCUUACCAUCGUAUGUUCGUUCGGCUCCGUUUACACCACAGUGGCUUGUAGACGAUGUUGAAGCCGUGGAUGCCAUCAUCGGUGUGGAUUUAUGGGAGAACAAAGAUGGUAAGAAAUGCAUGACUGGUUGUUACGGCGUCUCCAUAACGUUUGAAAGCAAAGAAACGACAAGUGACGCGUCUAAAGCUGAUGGCGACAGCGUGUGGAAUUUGUUGUUUCAGUCGAUUAACGAACGUGAGCAGUUCGUACGGUCAAUUGCAUGCUUAUGGAAAAACAAUUUCGAUCGGGAUUUAAAAAUCACAUAUUCAAAAUCAGGAUUGGCGUCGAAAGGCAUUGCAGCGGCGUCAGUAAAAGGCCAUGUGAAGAAGAACUCCGGAAAUAUCAGCAUUCCGUCAACACAGACUUUAGACUCGCCGGAUAUGUUUGUUAAUUUAGACCGGUCGCGCUUAAACGAACUCUUCCGCAACAAGAUUUCGCAAGACGAAGAUGCUAACGUUACCGGAGUACAGUUUGUGACGUGUGUCGGAUGUAAACCGUAUAAAUAUCCCGACGUUGAAUUUAAUGUCGCAUUGAUUUUGGGAAGAUUUAACAUAUAUAUCGUUUGUUCUUCUCAGAACCGAAAAUAUAUUUUAGCCAAUAAUCGAUUUGAAGAUGAAGGGGGCACCAGCUCUCUAUAUACAACUGUCGUCAAAAUAUCGACAUUACAACAAGUUGUCGUCGGCUUAUUUGAUCAAUGUUUUCGACUGGAAGCUGGCACACCGGAGCACACUUUUGUUUUUGUUACUCGUAACUUUGAUCGUACUAAUGAAUUCGUACAAAGAUUAAGCCAGUUCAUUUUAGCUUUGCCAAAGGAAAUGAAUGUCGUUGACUCUAACGGCACCACUAACCGACGCCGUACGGCUGCCGAAAUAUUUCAGCUUUACAAACGGGACGAAGAAUCGGAUCAAAAUUACUACCCGAAAUCUGAAUUUAUUCAUCCGAAUAGUAACAUAAAAUUUGUUUAUCCCAGCGACGAGACACUGGAGAAGUUACGAUAUAAAAUUCUUGAUCACAUCCGAAUCAUGGAGCUGUUUCAAGCAGAUGAAGAUUUUAGCGUGCUUUUGUAUGCCUUGAUAUUUCAACAUGUGAACGAACAGACUGUCCCAUACACAGUUGUAGUAAGCGAGAAAUUUUUAUGCAUGAUCAACGAAGACCGUGUGAACUAUCCGUUACCGUCAUUUGUAAAUGAACUGCCUGAAACAACGCAAUAUGAAGUUGUCGGUGUGGAGCUAUUAUCCGCUUUGCUCAGAAUCGAGUUUGACGAGUUUCAUUCAGGCGCAUUUUCAUUGGUGUUUAACAAAGAAGCUGUCGAUCCAACCUCCUACGAAGCGCGUUUUCAUACGUCGAGUGUGGAAGAUGAUGUUUGCCUAGUAACCGAUGUAAACACGACAAAAGACCAAUACAAGGAAGAGCACUUAGAGACAUGGGUUUUAGAAGCGUACUCCUACGUUGAGCGAGAGAAAAUUUUUAAUGUUUUAUCGAAAAUGUGGGCGAAUUUUUACGCUGGCAUGACGCUUCCCGUUUUGAGGAAAAAAACAAAAUUAUAAUAGGGUGUUACUAUACUCUUCUUGCUAGAAAAAACAUACUCUUCAAUUUUUAACUUACUUGUGCGUCGUCACCACCGCCCCUGUAUAUCACCGCGGUGGGUGUUAUUUCUAGCAAGCAAACAUAUACACAUUACGCUUUUUAAAUACUUUUGUCGCAGUAAUCUUCGCGCAUACUGAUUCGCACAAAAAUCUACAAAAUACGCGAUAUGGAAGUAUGUCUGGUUUGCACGUCUCGGUUUGGAUAACUAAUUAGAAAGGCUAAUUUUUAAAUUUAAUAAUUCACUCAAACGUUUUAGUUUUUACUUGUCUGUUAACUUGAAAUUCGCGUGAAUUUUAAUUUCGCGCGGUGACGCUCUGCGAGAUUUUCUGAUUGUGCUAAUUUCAGUAAAAGUAAAGUAUUAAAAAUAAAAAAAUAAAAUUAUCUAAUUAUCCUUUAAAAUACCAAAAUCAUACGCGCAAAAAACUACUGAAUUUACUGCGCUAAAAUUAACGUGCGAAAUUAAACAGGACGAGGCGUGAAAAUUGCGACGGUUAUCUCGAAUUUUAUAUUUCUUCGUGAGAAUAUUUUUCUAUUAUGUUUUUUUUUUUUUUUUUUUUGAUUUAUUUUCUUUGAAUGCUAUUUCUGGACGUCCAUUUUGAGAGAGAAAGAAAAAGAAGAGUACUUGUACGUUACAAUUUAAUUUUUAAUCCUUGAUCACAUAAUAAAAAACUUUAUGAGCGACUUUAUUUGUUAUAGAAACAGUGGAAAAAUUCUAGAAACUAAUUUCUGGUCUUGAUUUUAUUAUUCUUUUAUCGUUAUUUUUGUGAUUACGUGAACAAUAUAAUAUGUCUUAAUUUGAAAAUUGUAAAUAAAGUAUGUAAUAAAACUAACCGGGUGCACUAUUUUUUUCUACCUUACAUGAAUAUUUUAUGGCCAUUUUACAGCUGUGUUUUUC